AUGAGUGGCCGAAAUAUCUCAUAUGGCCGUGGUGGCGCCGGCAAUAUCUCCCGCCAACAGACCGCGCCCACGCCCAAAGACCUUGUCACCCCGACAAUCAAGCAGGAAGUCUAUACCACUGGUCGCGGAGGAUCAGGAAAUAUGGUCCAAAAUGAUCCGGAACGACCGGAGAUCGCUCGGGAGAGUCAAGAUGUUGAGUCUCCUCCACUGCGGGCGCAGCAGAUUCCCCACCAUACAGGACGAGGAGGUGUCGCCAAUGCCUAUAUCCCUACCGCAGAAGAGGAAGAGCGAGCGCGAUUGCAGGAGGCUGAACUCAUGCGUGUGCGUACUCAGGACAAGGACCGCAUCAAAGAAAUCGAACACGAACGACAAGAACUGCGCCAUCAAUCCCCUGCCAGUUAA